AUGUGGCGGGAAAGGGUCCCUGGUCCCCGGAGAGCCAGGGAGACUUGGGAGUGCAUACCUGGCGUGCCGAGCGCGCCUCUGCUCCCGCAGGACUCAGGGCGCUCCCGCGCUCCCAACAGCCUUUCGGGCAGGCUGGGGGUUGAACCGGGUUCAGGCAGUGGGCGCUACAGCUCCCGGGCGCAGCCCCCGUCUUCCCGCCCCUACUCCGUCCCAGCCCAGCACGCUCUACAUCCCCAAAACCACAGCCCCGAGGGCACCCACUGUCCCACGCCCCGUCGCCCCGCGUGCCCAACUCCUCAAAGCCAGAACUCGGAAGACGCUGUCCCUGGAGCCACGCUGCACUCUCCAAGACGCCCAACACGCACCGAGACUCGACUGGCUGUGUCCCGCCUGACUACGGGCUCUCGGGACGAUCAAGGGAUCCAGCGCCUCACUCCCCGGAAGUCUUCGGGAACCGCCAGGCACUUUCGAGAGGCAGCCCCGCGCAGGGCGAAGCCUGGAGACCCCACAGGGACGCUCCCGCUUUCUCGCGAACCGCUUCGGGGAGGGGGUGGCGCGGGAAGCGCUCUUACUUGGUUUCAGGGAUCCGCAGUGGCCCGGCUGGGACCGCGCUCUCCACGGUGGUCUCCCUCUGCUUCAGCCGCCACGGAGCCCCUUUCCCCAGCAGAGGAGGCGGCUGAGGUCUUCGAUGGCUGGAGAAAGCAAGCACCAACUGCAGAUGAAAAAGCCCAGGCCCAGAGAAGUGAUUUUCCCAGCAUCACAGAGCCGGUGAAUGACCGAGCUGGGAGAACCAAAAGGAGCUUGACCCCUCCAGCGAUUAUUAAUGGCCCACACUGGAGGCCUCAAUCUGUUACACAUCCUGUUGGCUCUGCCUUCAAAGGAUCUCCAGAAUUCAGCCACUCCUCACCUUCUGGCUCAUCAUCCCCCGUUUGGAUGACUGCAGUAGCCCCAACUGAUUGUGUUGCUUCUACCUUGGCCUCAACAGUUGAUUUUCAAGACCACAGACAAGUAAUUCUUUUAAAAUACUCAUCAGAUCAUGUCCAAUUCUCUGAUCAGCUCCUUGCAGGUGGCCUGGGAACCCCUGAGCCUGCAGCUGAUGUCUGAAGAGGGGGCAGUCUUGAGAGAAACUGUGCCCUUCACCUGUGAAGUGUGGCCUGACUCUGGGAAGUUAGUGUCGGGACUGCAUCACAGGGAGACCUCUGUAGUCAUCAUUGUUUUCAGUUGCGAGUGGGCAUCAUAAAUUCACCAACGUGAGCUCCCUGAGUGCAAAAGGAACUCCUGAAAUGGGGAAGGCCCAGGGUGGACUGACUUAAGCAUGGAUCCAGGGACUCAGAUGAUAUGGCUAGACAGGGCUGCCUGGUGCACAGCUUCAGGGGCAUGAAUAUUUUAGCAACUCUGCUUCCCUCUGGGUUGGUUUCAUUUCUCUUCCAGCAAAAAACUUCUUCAUGAGUCUAGGGAAGAUAGCUCUUGAAAGUUCCAACUUAACAUGAUCCCAGCCCAGCAAAUCCAACUGAAAGAGCACCUCUCUUUCCAGCAUCCCCAUCGAUCCCAGGGGCACCUAGAGCCGGCCCUGCUUGAGUAUCCCCGAUCCUGUCAUGAUGGCUAGGAAAUGCAAUUCUCUAAUUGGCCAGAAGAAGGGGAACGGGAAGCUGUGAAGGACAGACCAAAAGGGCCCCAUUUCCGGUGCGGCUGCAGGCACCUGAAGUGGUUCGUUUAGGCCAGACAUUCCUUGGUGACGCAGUGUCCUUCUUGCUGCCCCACACAUCCAUUUCCUCAUCAGUAGACCAAGGAGGUUGCACAGAUCGAAGGUCUCCUCCAGCCCAGUCAUACUAAGAGCCUGUGAAAUCCAGAACAAAGCCCAGGGCUGCGACUGUCUAUCAUGCUUUGUCCUGUUGUUGGGUUGGUUUUCUCUGUGGCUAUCUUGAAACCCCCAACAGACCAGCUGGUCUCCCAGGACGCCUAUGGACAGAAUCUCACACCAUUAUGACCUCUGGAGAAGGAUCCAGGGACCAGUGAUAUCCACUGCCCUUAGGAGUUCUGCUCUGUCUUGUGGCAUCAUGGGACCUCACCAGCUUGCCCAGGUGAAGUGGAAAUUGUUUCUUCUUGGAAAUCUACAAGAGGAUCAAAGAUAGUGCAACUGCAUAA